CUCUAUCCAACGUCUUGUGUUGUGAUGCUUGACACCAAACUACAACCUCAUCGACAUGGAGACCCUCGAGGGCCUCGGCCUCGCAGCCAAUAUCCUUCAGUUCUGCCAAGCGGUAGGAUCAUUCAUUAACCAGGCCCAUGAGAUUUACCGUUCAGGCCCGGCCGCACUGGGCAAGGUCAACGAUCUUCGCGGUAUCUCCAAGGAUCUCCAUAAGAUGCUGUCGGAAAUGCAGCGACAAGAUACCCAGAUGAAGGAGAAGCACCUGACAGAGACAUCGCAGUUGCCACUUCACAAUGAGUGCCUCACGCUUUUACAAGACCUCACAAGUUCACUGGAUCAGUUGGAUUUGCCAGAGAAUCCGGGGAAAAAAGAGUCCAUCAUGAUCGCAUUUAGGGCGCGGUGGAAUCGCUCCAAACUUGAGGACUUGGAAAAACGAAUCGAAAGUUUUCGUCAGCAACUUGUUCUUGGUCUUCUCGUCACCAUCAGAAACUUUACGAUGCAGUCACUUGAUCAUCAGGAGGCCAUUCUUCAUAGACUUGACGGCGUAACUCAGGUGCCACGACCAGAACAAAGCGCUCCAGCCCACGCGCUAUUCCAGCAUCUCGCCCACAGAGGAGGACUGGAUAAUUACGCGACAGACUCUAUCCGAUGGAAAACUCAGCAUAGCUCUACCCUCAAUCGUGUCGCCACAGGUCAAGGAGAGAUGGUUAUCCCCCCAGCGAUAGAAAACAAGCUUCAACAGCAGUUCUUGUCUACGGUUCUUGGCCCAGACGGCAAGAAUCAACGACAGUCUCAAAUCCAUGAAGCUCACAAGCGCACAUUUGAGUGGAUUUUCGACGAAAACGGUGAAGCAGAGCAUCCAUGGGACAGUUUUGUCGAAUGGUGCGAGCAGGAUUCCCUGCUGUACUGGAUUACAGGCAAGGCUGGCUCUGGGAAGUCAACGCUGAUGAAAUUCAUCUCUCAACAUCCCCAACUCAUGAAGCACCUCCAGGUCUGGUCUAAUGGUGCGCCAGUCACCAUUGCUUCGUUUUAUUUUUGGGCGUCGGGAACCGCGAUGCAAGCAUCUUCCGAAGGACUGUUUCGGUCCCUGCUCUACCAAUUGCUGGACCAGCACAAACACAUCAUUCCCAAACUCGCGCCUCAGACAUGGGAGGGGACCUAUCUAUUCGGAGCGCCAAUGCCAAUGGUUCCGGCCGAUGACCUGCGAAGAAUGCUGCGUUUUACGAUUCGUGAAGUGGGCAAAACCUCGAGGAUCUGUCUUAUCAUUGAUGGCUUGGACGAGUUCGGGGGGAGUACAGAUGAUGUCCUUGACACCAUUGAGGCUUUCACCUCGCUUUCCAUCAAGGUAUGCGCUGCCAGCCGUCCUUGGGUGGUUUUUGAGGAGUCAUUCUAUCAAAAGCCACAACUGCUACUUCAAAACUUGACUCGUCAAGACAUGGAGGAGUACACUCAGUCCGCGCUACGAGGGAACCGUGGUUUUAGGCGCCUUCGAGCGCGCGAGCCCGACUUUGCGGAGCAACUCGCGAGGAAUAUUGUGGACAAAGCUGAUGGUGUCUUCUUAUGGGUGUGUCUUGUUGUGAAAUCGCUUUUGACCGGACUGAACAAUGACGACCGAAUCAGCGAUCUCCAAGGAAGGCUGGAUGCCUUGCCUCCUGACUUGGAAGAUCUCUAUGACGCAGUCAUCAAAACAUGGGAUACCUUCUACUUUAAACAUGCCGCUCAAUAUUUUGAAUUGAAAAAGGCACACACAGGCGUGUUAGAAGCGCGAAUCCUGUUUCUCGCAGACACAGAAAAUAUUUCUCAUGCCAUCGAGAUGGACAAUCGACCAAUCUCACAGGAGGAAUAUGAUUCGCAGCUGUCUACAAUCAGGCGGCGCCUCAACAGCCGUUGUAUGGGCCUGCUUGAGGUAACCAGUACUGGAAAUGCUCUGCAGCCACAUCCAGUUGAAUACCUUCAUCGAACUGUCAAGGACUAUCUUAGGAGACACGAUGUCCAAGCUCGGCUGCAGGCCGCCACGGAACUGUUCGAUCCAUAUUUGCAACUGUGCGCAGCAUACUCUCUAUCUAUAAAAUCAAUGCCCUCCUACAUCACCGGGCAAGAUCGGAAGAUUGAUAUCACGUUGCGGGCCUAUGGGGCUAUGGUGUCCGCCCGGUUGGUUGCGACAGGAAAUACUGAAAUCAUGGUAGAGAUUCUCGACAAGAUGGCACUUCUCUUGGAGAAAGAAGGUGUUCUUCACAAUCAGGAACGAUCUCCUUGGUGGCCAAGCGCCACCUUACACUGGUUCGAUCACUUCUUGAGCCACCAAGGUUUUCUAUCUCAUGUCACAAGGGAAAAUGUGACAGAAUACGUCAGAGUUCGUGCGGGGAGAUCUCUACAAGCCCCGUCCCUUCUUCUCAUCGACGCAGCCUACAGCCGCCCAGACCCCAGCGUCAACAUGUUUCAGUUGCUGUUGGAUUUAGGCGCGGACAUUAACUUCGAGCUAUUGUCGCAAGGCGCUAAUGCCGGAUCGGAAACUGGGUGUACAGUGUGGUCUGAAAUUCUAGUAGCGUUUGUCUCGCGACAAUUCUCAACCGUGGAAACAAUGAAUGUAGAGAAGAUAUGUAAGGUAUGGAUUCCGGUUCUCCGGCUUUUAUUAGAAAUGGGGGCGCCUGUGGAGGGACAAGUUCGGGAUUCCUUACAAUCAAGGUGUGCUCUUCUGUUUUCACCACACUACAAUAUGGAACGACUGUUCAUAGGACUGCGACUGCUUCAGGUAGGUAACGAGGAGGACGCAUUCAAGUUGCUUUGCAGGGAGCUACAGAGCAUGCAAAUAGCAUUUCGUCAAACAUCUCGUCAGAGGGAGAAGAAGGUGGAUAAUACUUAG